UCUUCUUUAUUAAUACUUUCUUUUACCUAUCAUUAAUAUAAUAUUCUAAUGUCCUUUAAUACGGAACAUAAGACUAUUCAAAUGGAAGAGGCCAUGAAUCAUGACCAAAUUGCCUUGGAAGCUCUUGAACGUCGUCGUGUUGCUUUGGAAGAAAUUGACAAUGCCGAGUUUGGCUGGUUCCAUAUCCGUGCCUGUAUUGUUUCUGGUAUCGGUUUCUUUACAGAUGCCUAUGAUAUCUUUGCUAUUAACUUGGUUUCUACCAUGAUUGGUUUCGUUUAUUUCCAAGACCAUGGAAAUAAGACUCCUUACAACGUAGAUACUGCCAUCAAGGUGUCUUGUUCUGUUGGUACUGUAGUCGGUCAACUUGCCUUUGGUUAUCUUGCUGAUCGUGUCGGUCGUAAAAGAAUGUAUGGUGUUGAGUUAAUGAUUAUUAUUAUCGGUACUGUCGGUCAGGCUCUUUCUGGUAACGGCCCUGCUGCUUCCUUCUGGGGCAUUAUUACUUUCUGGCGUAUCAUUGUAGGUAUCGGAAUUGGUGGUGAUUAUCCUCUCUCUUCUGUCAUUACCUCUGAAUUUGCUACUACCAAACGUCGUGGUGCCAUGAUGGCUGCUGUCUUUGCUAUGCAAGGUAUUGGUCAACUUGCUGCUGGUAUCGUCGGUUUAAUUGCUACAUCUGCUUUCAAGGGUGCUAUUCAAGCCGACCCUACUAAAUUAGAUUAUGUUUGGCGUAUUGUCAUUGGUAUCGGUGCUGUUCCCGGUGUUUGUGCCCUUUACUAUCGUUUGACAAUACCCGAGACUCCUCGUUUUACUAUUGAUGUUGAGCAAAAGGUUGAAAAGGGUAUUCAAGAUGCUAAGGCUUUUCUUGAAAAGGGUGCAUCUGCUGGUGACUAUACUGAUAACAUUGCUGUGGCCCGUACCAACAGUUCUCCCAAGGCUUCUUGGGGAGAUUUCAAGAGACAUUUCGGACAAUGGCAAAACGGAAAGAUCUUGCUUGGUACAGCCUAUUCUUGGUUCGCACUUGACGUUGCAUGGUAUGGUCUUGGUUUGAAUAACUCAAUUAUCUUGCAAAACAUUGGAUUCGGUGGUGGAGGAGAUGCUUAUACUUCCGUUUUCCGUGUCUGUGUUGGUAACAUUAUUAUCAAUUUGCUUGGUUCUGUUCCUGGUUAUUGGAUUUCUGUCUUUACCAUUGAUAGACUUGGUCGUAAAUUCAUUCAGAUCAUGGGUUUUACUAUGCUUACCAUCAUGUUUGUCAUUCUCGGUUUCGGUUAUCACGCCAUUCUUGCUAAAUCAAAUGUGCUCUUCAUUGUUCUUUAUACUAUCACCCAACUUUUCUUCAACUUUGGCCCCAACACUACUACCUUUAUUGUUCCUGGUGAAUGUUUCCCUACCCGUUACAGAUCAACUGCCCAUGGUAUCUCCGCCGCUUCUGGUAAAGUUGGUUCUAUCAUUGCUCAAGUCGGUUUCGGUCUUUUGAAAGACAUUGGUGGUUCAAACAAUUGGAUCAACCAUUUGCUUCAAAUCUUCGCUUUCUUCAUGUUGACUGGUAUCUUCUCCUCUUUCUUGAUCCCUGAAACCAAGGGCAAGAGUCUUGAAGAAUUAUCAGGUGAACUUCCUCCUAGAGAAGUUGCUGAAACAGAGCAAGUCAAGGGUACUUAUUAAAGGUGUUCGACCCUACCUUUUUUUUUUCUUAAUUUCUAAUAAUCAGCUUUUCAAUCCACUUUAUCUCCACCAUAUAAAUCGUUUUUUUUUUCAUAACUUUCAUAGUACUUAAUAAAUAAUCAUAUCUUAGAUGUU